UCAACGCGAAUACGAGAAUCAGGCCAAGAAAACGGACUUAUUGGCGGAGAUUCAGAGCUGACACCCAAAUUGCCUGAAUUCACACAAAGGCCACAGAAGGAGCAUGAUCUGCCACGAGUUUGUGUGAAAAAUAAGUCUGUCUCAGCCGCUGCCCGCUCUGGGUCUGGCAAGUCUGGGAGCCUACUUGUCAUUCUGCUUUGCACCUCAUUUGCCCUCUUCGAAGCACCCAGCUUCGUUAGCAAGAUCGCCAGUUACAGCCUGGGCGAUGAGAACACUGUCCUCUUGGGCCACAUCGCUAACCUGGCCACUUCGAUCGACUCUUUUGUCAAUUUGUUCAUUUAUCUCUUUUCAAACCGGCAAUUUUGUGCUACCAUCCUCAGCUACUUUCAGUCACAUCAACCCGGAAUACGACGCGCUGGCACGGAAACUACCGUUUUAGACCCUUUAAACUCAACUAGAAAUCAUCAAAAAAAGAUACGAAUAUCUCUGGCCCCGCUGGAAUCUGGUCGUAGGCGACGAUCCACAGAGCAAAAUACUGAAUAUGCUUCCAUGGGUAGAAAUUCACCAGAAAUUUUAGCCGAGCCCAGCAGAACCAAGUUGGCGGAUGGCUUUAACUGGAUUACCACUAUUCCUAUAAAGGGAAAAAGCUUUUUCAUUAAUCGGUCUUCUACGGUACUUGCUGCUCCCGUCUCAUACGCCAACCGGCGUGUUAGGAAGAGUCUGGAUGCUUUCACCAGCCCAAUUACACCCACAAACUCACCAUCCUUGGAGGCAAGUGCGUUGGCCCAAUGUGAUGGUCAAAAAAGUGAUAAUAAAUGCAUAAAAAUCAUAAUUGAACCAUCUUGGUCUGUAGGAGGGAGGAAGUUUGCCGGUGCUUUGCGCAAUGAAGAGACUAAUCUUGAUUUGGCAAAAAUUAUGAUCGUUGAAGGCUCGGGUGACGAGUCAAAGUCAAUUAGGAGUGAAAUUGUAGAAUCUCCAACCAGACAGGAGCCGGCUGGCCCUAAAGUAGGCGAUUCCAGCUUGCUCUACACCAUAUUGCAGAUGACCAAAGGUCAGUGCGAAGAUGAACUUCACUAUACCAGGGAGACACAUAUUUAG